AAAUGUCAUCGGAUUUUUGCGAUCGUGCUGCGUACGAUGACAUUUUUGUUAUUUUAAUCGGACGAACGAUGUCAAAGAGUUUCAAUUUCAAAAAUUCGAGGUGUGAUUACCGACUGAUCCAUCAUUUUAAGGUACGAAUUUUUACUCCGAACAAAAAUAAUCUGGAGUCGCUACCACGCGACUUUAGAUCAACAAGUACAGUAAGCGAAUCAAAAUUCUAAAAAAAAGUUUAUUUUUGAACCUUUUAAUGUUCACGUUAAUCGAUAACUGUUGGAUUGUAUUUUGUGUAAAAAAGAAUUAAUGAUUAGACAGAUUAAUAACAAUAUAUAGUAAUUAACGAUCGAGUUGAAUGAAUUAUUGUAAUAAGUUUAUUAACCCUCUGUUAUUGACACACAUAUUUUUCCCGCACCUGCUCCCUAGACACACAUGGGUCAGCCAGUUUCAUAAAAAUUCAGCAAUGUAGUUUGAUAUCUAUAGAAAGAGAACAUGCAUUAGGAAAUGGAUAAAAAUUAAUCUUUAUUAUUUUUAUUCAAUGAAAAAUGAUACAAAGAAUGAGAAAUUUAGAAACAGACUGGACACCCAACAGACCCAUAUGUAUCAACGGAGGGUUAGGUGAUUUAUCACUUGCGUGAGUGCGAGAGAGUUAGCUGCAAAAUGGUUACACGUUUUACUCGCGACAUCCUUGAUUUUUUGAGAAAAAUAAAAGUUACACCUUGUUCUCUAAUAAAAUGCAAAUAUCAACCUACUAAAUGUAGAAGAAUCCCGAGUUCGGCUCUGCGCCGCCAGAUGAUCUAAUAGCAGCACAUAUAUAUGUGUUCACGUGCUGCUGUUGUCACUGCAUCGCAACAUUCAAGCAACAUUCUUCUAUGAUACCGCUAUAUAUACGUCAUAAAAUCGUAUAACCCACAUUCAAAACUCUUACAAAGAUGAAUAUGUACUUACUCGCGCGAAUGUAAAAAAGUUAUUUAAAAAAAAACUAAAAGUAAACAUCAAAUGUUCAAUUGAACCAUUGAUUUUCAUUGCGUCGAAAGAUUUCAGAUAAAAUCAAUAUUCUAUCAUUGUAUCUUUUUAAAUACGACAGAAUAAAAGAUGAAGAUUUGGUCGAUAGGAUAUAUUUCUGUAUAAAACCGAUCGGACGACGGUAUCGCAAUUUUUAGGUUGAACGUGUUGAACUUUCACCGCUGUCAGCAGAGUUUAUGAUUGAAUAUCAUACUUGACCGACGACCAAUGAUUCUAAGACAUUCGUGAUAAAGUAUGCUGAAAUCACAAAAAUUCCUCAAAUUGGGUGCGGCAGGCGCAGUAGGAGUAGGCACGUUUAUGUCGUUGAGAGCAAACGAGUAUGAUGUAGGAUCUAUAGGUAUUGUUCGUCUUGGACGAGCGGCGAUAGCUGUAACGUUGAUAGGGGCUUAUUACAAAAAGAUGCUUUAUAGUAGUAACGUUGAGAAGAAUACAAAAGAAUAUGCUAAAGUGAAAUCGGACGCGCAUAGCUACGGAGCUGAAAAGCUUUUAGAACUCUGUUGCGCCAACAAAGGUGUUUACAUAAAAGUGGGACAGCACAUUGGAGCAUUGGAUUAUUUGUUGCCACCUGAGUAUGUUAGUCGUAUGCGAGUACUGCACAGUUCAGCACCGCAAUCAUCCUUUGCGGAUGUAUUGACAGUGAUGAAAGAGGAUUUCAAGAAAGACCCUUAUGAAAUAUUUGAAUGGAUAGAUCCGAAGCCAUUGGGAGCAGCGAGUUUGGCGCAAGUGCACCGUGCUGUUCUUAAAGACGGCGGAACAGUGGCUGUCAAAGUACAGCACAGAGCUGUUAAAUCUAACUCGUACGUGGAUGUUAAAACGAUGUCUGUACUGGUGAAAAUAACAUCUUGGAUAUUUCCGGAAUUCAAAUUUGACUGGUUGGUCGACGAAACAAAAAAAAACAUUCCGCAGGAAUUGAAUUUUACUUGCGAGGGUGAAAACGCAGAGAAAGUGAAAAAACUAUUUGGUAAAUAUAAAUGGUUAAAAAUACCUAAAAUUUACCGGGAUCUCUCGACCUCGCGUGUGUUAACCAUGGAAUUUGUGGAUGGUGGACAAAUCAACGAUUUGUCUUAUAUACGUAAAAACAACAUUAAUCCGUACGAAGUUAGCAGUAAAUUAGGACGAUUGUACAGUCACAUGAUAUUCAUUACUGGCUUUGUACAUUCGGAUCCACAUCCGGGCAAUAUUCUUGUGAAAAAAAAAAAUAACGAGACUGAAAUCGUGCUCCUCGAUCAUGGUUUGUACGCGGAUUUGACUAAUGAGUUCAGAUGGGAAUAUUCAAAAUUGUGGCUCGCGAUACUCGAUAGUGAUCGUGAAGCAAUGAAGAAACAUUGCACGAAACUCGGAGUCGGCGACAUGUACGGGCUUUUGGCAUGUAUGGUUUCCGGACGUACGUGGGAUGCCCUCAUGUCCGGCGUGAGAAAAGUUAAAUACGAUGCCAAUGAGAAAGAACUCUUUCAACGUGAUAUACCCAAUAUUUUGCCACAAAUAAGCGAAGUUUUGGAAAAGGUUAACAGACAAAUGUUACUCAUACUGAAAACAAAUGAUUUGAUUAGAAGCAUCGAACACACCCUUGGCACAGGCUCCCGUAUGUCUGCUUUUAUGGAAAUGUCCAGAUGUUGUGUACGUUCGAUGUACAAUGAAAAAUUGAAAUAUUGCGACAACAAGUGGUCCAGAUACGGUUUAUUAAUAAGCGAGCGUUGGUCAUUAAUUAAAAUAACUCUCUAUUAUGUUUAUCUCGGUGUACUGAAUUUUGAUAUCCUGAAAAGCGUCGAUUCGUUAUGGACUAAUGACUUCUAUCCGUUUUAAUCCCUUCUCUUCAUUUUUUUUUCUUCAUUAAACAUGUUCGCUAGCUACCUCGACGGAACCUUUCUCAUGGCCGAAUCGAAUACUUCAUCGUUUUUUACCCAGAUCCCUUGUAGUUUGAACAAAUUUUUAUCUUUUUUAAGAUAGAUUUUAGUUGUUAUUGGAUAAUAAUUUCACCUCGAGCGGCGCAAACCCACCUUUUUUUACUUUUCAUUGAUUCACCAGACCCACGUUUGAGCAGUGCCAUUAGCGAUUGAAGAGUUGACUGUUUUUUCAUAAUAAUUUUCCCUAGUGAAAAAUGAAAAGAAAAACCAUAGCCGUAUAUUCAACAUAGUUUGAUCCAAGAAAUACUUAGCUCUUAAUACGAGCCUCAUAAUUUCUUCUUCAACUCUGUUUGUUACUUAUUUCUUAUCCGUACAUAAAACUUUUAUUUAUGAUGACACGUGACAAAUGUACAAAUUAUUUUUUCAAUACGAAUCAAUGUACAUAAUGAAAAUGUAUUGUUAUCUGAUGAGUAAAAGGGAAUCGUUGUUGCAA